UAUAUUAUGUCUGCCUGUUCUCCCCUCGUCGGUGGCUAAGGCCCAGAGAAGCGAUUGGCCAAGGCCGGUCGCGUGACCACGAAUUCCCUGCAAUUUCGCCGGAGUCCUGGGUUUAAUAGACAGAGUCCCCAUACGCUUGUAUUUAUCAGCAAUAUACAAUUAUAAAGGCCCAAAAUUAAAAAAAGAGAUAGAAAGCGAAAUCUCCCCCUCCCAAAAUCGCUCCAUCACAUAAACCUGGGGGGGGCAGGAGGGGGGGUCCCUUCCGAUCCUCCCUCCUGACGCCCCCCCCAGCAGGCCCCCUCCCCCACCAUUGAAAGCCAUGAAUUUUGAAUUUGAGAGGGAGAUUGGGUUUAUAAACAGCCAGCCAUCGCUCGCCGAGUGUCUGACUUCCUUCCCCGCUGUCUUGGAGACAUUUCAAACUUCAUCAAUCAAGGAGUCGACAUUAAUUCCUCCUCCUCCUCCUUUCGAGCAAACCUUCCCCAGCCUCCAGCCCGGCGCCUCCACCCUUCAGAGACCCGGGAGCCAAAGGCGAGCCGAAGAUGGCCCCGCUCUGCCGCCGCCGCUGCCGCCGCUCCCCGCCGCCCCCCUGGCCCCUGAGUUUCCCUGGAUGAAAGAGAAGAAAUCCGCCAAGAAACCCAGCCAAUCUGCCACAUCUCCUCCGGCCGCCUCCUCCAUCCCGGCCUCCGGUGUCAGCUCGCCCACAGAUGGCCAGGCGCUGGCGGAGGCGGCCGGCGGCGGGGCGCGCAGGCUGCGCACCGCUUACACUAACACGCAGCUGCUGGAGCUGGAGAAAGAAUUCCACUUUAACAAGUACCUGUGCCGGCCGCGGCGCGUCGAGAUCGCGGCCUUGCUGGACCUCACCGAGAGACAGGUCAAAGUCUGGUUCCAGAACCGGCGCAUGAAGCACAAGCGGCAGACGCAGCACCGAGAACCGCCCGAUGGGGAGCCAGCCUGCCCGGGUGCCCUAGAGGAUACCGGCGAGACCGCCCCGGAACCCGAGGCCAGUCCCUCUGCCUUGGGGGCGGCGCGGGGAGCCUGCUCUCACCCGCCCGAGGUCGUGCCAUGCCCCCAGGGUGCCCCGGCUUUGGCCUCUCGCGGGGAGGGCGCAGGAGCGCCGAGCCCCAACUGCGCCCUGCGCAGGGCCGGCGGGCUGGAGCCAGAGCAGUCGCCCGAAGACGCCUUUCCAGAGCGACAGGAUUCGCCUUUUCUGCCCGACCUCAAUUUCUUCGCGGCCGACUCCUGCCUCCAGCUGUCCGGGGGCUUCUCCCCCAGCCUGCAGGGCUCGCUCGACAGCCCUGUUCCCUUUUCCGAGGAAGAGCUGGACUUGUUCACCAGCACCCUCUGUGCCAUCGACCUGCAGUUCCCCUAACCUUCCCCUCCUCCCACCUUCCUGUCCCCCAGGACCCCCCCCACCGGGGCCCCUCAUCCCCCCCCCAAGUGGUUUAGAGUUCUUUGUGUUUUGCUAAAAUUCAGGUGUUAUUGAAUUAGCGUUUAAUCCAUUUCCUCUCUUCUCUCUCUAAAAUUUUGGGCACUCGUGCGUCUUUUUGAAAUCACAGAAAAAUUCCGUUUGGUAGACUCCUUCCAACGAAAUCUCAGGAAUAAUUAAACUCUAGGGGGGCUUUCUUUAAAAAGAACUAGAGGAACCUAUUUUCCUCUUUUUUUUUUAAGUUUUAGACCGUAGAUUAUUUAUUAAAACUCUUUAAUAAUAGGAAAAGGGGAGAAUAUUUAUUGUACAUUAUUUUCAUAGAUUAAAUAAAUG